UCAAAACAUAACCUCCCAAGGUUGUGGCGCUGUGGGGUGUUUUUCCUGUGUGUUUUUUCGUGUUUUGCUCCCUCUUCCCCCAUUUUCACCCCGCAAAUUGUGCAAAAAUCCUUCAUUUGAGGAGAUGCAUAUCUAAUUCUCCAGUGUGUGAAGUUUGCAAAGGUGAAAUAUGUCCGCAAGAAAGAAGUCCACAACCAGCUCAGAGUCUUCUGGAUCAAGUUCUGAGUCAUCCUCAACUAGCGGAGGAAGCUCUAGUGGAUCUGACUCUGGAUCUUCGAGUUCCGAUGAUUCAGACACUUCCAGCUCCCAGCGGAGUCGUGCUUCAGGCUCAGGAUCUGUGUCCCGUCCAGACCCGCCAAAGGCAGAUCCCAAGUCAAGUCAAAAUGUUAAGGUGGCACCACGAAGACGGAGCUCUGAAGUGCAGAAGUCUCUCCAGCAAGCGAAACUUGAUGAAAAGCCACCCGGAAAUAAGUCCAGAGAUCGAGUGGUGUCCGUCAGCACCACGAAAGUCAUGCAGCAGAAGGUGGCAAAGAACUCUGCGUACUCAAGUGAUGAGGACAUCCCUCCACCGAAGAAUGCAGCACCGGUUAAGAAGGCGGGAGGACAAGAAGUGGGGAAGAAGAGACCAAUUGUGCAGACAAAUCGACCGAAAAACAUCUCCAACAGCGUUCCUCCGAGCACUGGAGGCAAAGCCCCGCCAUCGGUUCUUAAGCAGCAUCAGCAAUCGAUGGGAGCACUCUCGAAAGUCGUCGCGGGCAGUAAAGCAGUUGCCGCUGGAGUGAAAUCCACUACACAAACCACCAAAAUUGCUUCUGAGAAGCACACCAAUCAAACCUCGAAGGUGAAGAAGAAGAGCAUCUUCUCUCCGGACAACUCUUCAGACACUGAUGAUGCCACAGCGACGAAGAACUCCCGGCAAUCGGCAAAGAGCAAGCCAACCGGAAAAGUAGCUCCACAGAAGACAACUAAAGCCACUCCUGCUCCACAGAAAACCACCCGGAAGAUGUCGAGCAAGAGUUCAGCUGAAUCUUCGGCUACAACAACUACUACCACGGAUGAUUCCAGUGAUAGUGAGAGCGAAAGUGCCUCUACUGAGGAUUCUAGCCCGCCGGCGAAGAAGAUGGCGAUAAAAAAGGCUGCUCCCAAAGCCGCUAACAACUCUGUCAAGGGUCCGGAAGAGACGGUGAAGAAUCAUAUUAACACGGAUUCUGAGACAGAGGCAAAUAACAAACCUACAAUAGCCAGAAAACUGACAAGAUCCUCAAGUACGAGGAAAUCCAAGCAUUUGACGGGAAAGGCGCCAUCAGAGACAGACUCUGAGUUUGAUGAGGGCAAGAGGCAGUCCUCAAAGAGUCCUGUGAAGAAGGCGCCUGUGUCCAGCAAGGGAAAGACUAAGAAUACGACAAAGCGCCAGGACACAGUCAAAGUCAACAACAAUACCACUCCUCCGGCGCCAAUGGAGAGAAAGUGUCCCUUCGAGGGAUGCGAUUCUGCCGGACACUUGGGUGGGCAGUUUGAUAAGCACUUCACCAUUGAGGCGUGUCCUCUGUAUCACAAUUUGACUGUGGCUGAGGCGAAGCUGGCGUAUGUGGAGCGGAAGAAGCGAGAUGACGAGCGCCGAAAGGCCAUGAUGGCUUAUGAUUCCACAAAGAAAGUCCCCACGCCGGAGCAGAAGGCUUACUUGCAGCGGAUUCGCGAGAGCAGGGCCAAACACAAGGGAAUCCCGUCGACAAACUCACACGCGCCGAUUGGGGAUAAGAAGAAGGAGCCGAAACUAGAGGGGAUCGUUUCUGAGUAUGAUCUGCAAUUGUUUAGAGACGCCCAAGCUCUGGCUGCUGAGAAUAUUGAGAACGAACUGAAAGCCUUGCCGGCCAGCAAGGGAACGAAGUACAUCUCGAUGGGGAAGUACAAAAUGGAUGUGUGGUACCAAUCGAAGUAUCCUGAAGAUGCCGCGCGAUUGCCCAAGCUGUAUCUCUGCGAAUUCUGCUUGCGCUAUCAGAAAUCCGAGGUGGGCAUGAAGAGGCACGCGGCCAAGUGUGUUUGGCGACAUCCGCCCGGAGAUGAGAUCUACAGGAAGGGAAAGUUGGGCGUGUGGCAAGUGGAUGGCAGAAAGAACAAGAUCUACGCUCAAAACUUGUGUCUCCUGGCCAAGUUCUUCCUCGACUACAAGACUCUGUACUACGACGUGGAGCCUUUCCUGUUUUAUGUUAUGACUCUGGCAGAUUCCGAAGGUUGUCACACCGUUGGAUAUUUUAGCAAGGAGAAGAAUUCCUUCCUCAACUACAAUGUGUCAUGCAUCCUGACUCUGCCACCGUACCAGAGGAAAGGAUAUGGACGUCUACUCAUUGAUUUCAGUUACCUGCUGACAAGAAUUGAGGGCAAAAUUGGAUCACCUGAGAAGCCGCUAUCAGACCUGGGACUCAUCUCCUAUCGAUCAUACUGGAAGGAUGUUCUUCUUGAUUAUUUAUGUUCACGCAGUGGCACUCAGUUGAGCAUCAAAGACGUUUCACAGGAAAUGGCUAUCAAUUCAUAUGACAUUGUGAGUACACUUCAGGCUCUCGGUAUGAUGAAGUACUGGAAGGGCAAGCAUAUUAUUCUCAAAAAGCAGGAUGUCCUGGAUGAUUACGCUGAGAGAGUGAAACGACGCGGAAAUGUAUUAAAAAUCGAUCCGGAGUGUCUUCGGUGGACACCAUUUGUGUCACCAACACUCACCGGACCGACGUCCUAGCGCUCGGCCACAACUGCCAGCUCAGCCGCAAAUGCAUCCAGCCAUUCGGCUACAUCGGUAAUUGCAUCGUCCACGGCUAAUUCUUUCUCACUCUACUACUACUACUCCACCAAUGGAGGUCGUCUGCCACCCACUGAGAACAGUAAAUCUUCCACAAAGUAGGAGAGAGGCAACCCGAAGUUGGCCAUUGCCGCAGAGGAGCAAAUUGUGCGAUGUUCGGUGUGAGGUAUGAAUAUCAAUUGAUCGUCUGAGACAUACCUGAAAAGAAAAGAUAUUCUCUCGUUUUUUGAGAUCGUAUUUAAGUUUAGCCUUAGUCAUUUUCUCUUUUAACUUAAGGACAAGAAGAUUUCUUCUUAAGCAUUGUAAUUAGGCAUAUUGUGUAGGCAGAAGUUACACAUAUUUCAUUUUGUUUAAGUAGUUCAGUAAGUUAUUUCUGGAUUACAAAAUGACAGUAAUAUUCAUAAUAUAUAUUAUUUAGAAAUAAAUAGUUGCAGUGCCAACUAAUUUGUAAGAAUGGUAAGAAGUGUUUAAGCAUAACUUUUACACGGUUGUCACGUUAAAAAUUGUAUUAAACUUCAAGAGAUCACACAUUAUUUAUUUAUUUUUUUUUUAUAUAUUUCUUCUCUUUUUACAUCGUCACAUUUCAUUCUUGAUAUUGUAAGAGUGUUUUAUAUGUAAUUGCAGUCAGUUGAAAAAUCAUUACUUAUUCAAGAGAUAAUAGAGAAAAUAAG